GGUAUCAAGGACUCGAUCCUGGGCAUUGGAACCAUCUCCAAACUCGAUGCUCGGAUUCAGCAGAAGCGAGAGGAGCAGAGGAGGCGCAGGUCGUCUGGAGCUCUGGCGAUGAGACGAGCUCAAAGCGAAGAACGAAAACAAGACAGUGAACCCAAACUAGUAAGUCGAAUUUUCCAGUGCUGUGCCUGGAAUGGAGGUGUAUUUUGGCUAAGCCUGUUCCUGUUUUAUCGAGUGUUUAUCCCGCUGCUGCAGUCUCUCACUGCUAGAAUUAUAGGUGACCCUUCGCUGCAUGGGAAUGUGUGGUCGUGGCUGGAGUUCAUUCUGACAUCUGUAUUCAGUGCUCUCUGGGUUUUACCGCUAUUUGUGCUUAGCAAGAUAGUCAACGCCAUUUGGUUUCAGGACAUUGCUGAUCUGGCGUUUGAAGUGUCUGGACGUAAAGCUCAACCUUUUCCCAGCGUCAGUAAGAUCAUCGCAGACAUGCUCUUCAAUCUUCUGCUCCAGGCUCUCUUCCUGAUUCAGGGAUGGAUUGUGAGUCUCUUUCCCAUCGAUGCUAUUGGUCAGCUGGUCAGUCUCCUGCACAUGUCUCUGCUCUACUCGCUUUACUGCUUCGAAUAUCGCUGGUUUAAUCACGGAAUUGAAAUGCACCAAAGGCUGUCAAACAUCGAGAGGAACUGGCCGUAUUAUUUUGGCUUCGGUUUGCCCAUGGCUCUACUGACCGCUCUGCCCUCUUCAUACAUCAUAAGCGGUUGUUUGUUCUCCAUUCUCUUCCCGCUCUUCAUCAUCAGCGCUAAUGAAGCAAAGACCCCAGUCAAGCUCUACCACUUCCAGCUCCGGCUCUUUUCCCUGGUCGUCCUCAUCAGUAACAAACUGUUCCACAAGACGGUGAAUCUGCAGAGCUCCCUCAGCACCUCCGCGUCCACAGAGAAGCUGCCGUCUCCUCACGUGUCCCCGACCCGCCAGCGACCUUUACCCCCUCAGUGACCUCUUCAGGAUUCACCUCUCGCUCUGAAAGGCGGGAAAACGAUCCAUUACGCACUCUCUGCAUUUGAAAGCGUGAGUCUGUGCUCUUCUGGACGAGUUGGUAAUGUGAAUCAAGGUCAUGAUUCUCGGUGUGAUUUUAAAUUUUUUUUUUUUCUCGGACUGAUUUUGUACCCAUUACGUGCCAUUUGGGUGAUUUGUAGAGACGGCACAAAGACCUCAGCGUGCACAUUUUCUGUGAAUUGGCCCACCGUCCUCUUUUUAGGCCCUGUAGUCUACAUUAGUCGACUCUUUUUAUCUGUUUAUGGCCUUCUUUUUAAUUUUAUGUACUUUUUUGAGGCUCAGACACGCGAGAGAGUGUAUUUAUCAAUGAACACUAAACUCUAUGAAGAAAAAAGUUCCUGAUGGUUUACUUUCCUGCACUGACAACUGAUCUAGAGUCAAAAGGAUCAAUUUUAAAGCCCUCUUUGAGCAGUAGAUGUUUCUUGAUAUGAAAGUUAUGAGUUAUCGGUAACACUUUACAAUAUGGGGACACUUGGUUAAUGUAUGUUCUAACAUACAUGAAUAAAGUUUGUACAGCAUUUAUUAGUUAUAGUUCAUGGUUUACUAAUGGGAUUAGUUAGUAAAAGGGAUAGUUCACUUAAAAAA